CUCCGGUCUUCGUGGGAACCACAGGUCAGGUGUCAACCUACUCCAGGAUAGGGGCCCCGAGGUGCCAGCCAGGCCUCCCAGCCUUGCCCAACCCUGGGGUUAACACGGACUUUAGCGUCUUUUUAAACUUCCGGCGCGGGCUCUGCGGUGGCACAGGAGGGUCCUCCAAACUUUCCUGCGAUCUCAAAGGUCCAGAUUCCACAUUGGGGAUGGGCCCAACUGACUUUGCUUCGCUCUCAUUAGCCGGUGGUCCUCCAGGAAGGCGGGGCCGCCUCUCCGCUGUGCUCUCAUAGGCCCAGGUUCUUCCGUUCGUGUGUCCUUCUCUCACUCUGAUUGGCCUAUAUUCCCCCUGAGGGUGUGGCAAAAUCUCAUUGGCUCUCGCGCCCGAAUGUAUGACGUCAUGCGCCAGCGCCCGUCGCUUUUGCUGGACGUCAUCCUCGGGAGCCCACCCGGACGAAGGCGGAGAGUAGACAGCAGAACCAGCGGCGGCGGCUAAGCAGAGACUGUAGUAGCGGCGACAGCGACGACGGCAGCGAUGGCUGGGGCGGGGCCAGCCCCGGGACUCCCGGGUGCAGGAGGACCCGUGGUCCCGGGUCCUGGCGCUGGCAUCCCGGGCAAAAGCGGCGAGGAACGCUUGAAGGAAAUGGAGGCGGAGAUGGCCCUGUUUGAGCAGGAAGUUCUGGGGGCUCCAGUACCUGGAAUCCCAACUGCUGUGCCUGCGGUGCCCACGGUCCCCACGGUCCCCACAGUAGAAGCGAUGCAGGUCCCAGCGGCCCCUGUGAUCCGCCCAAUUAUCGCGACCAACACAUACCAGCAGGUCCAGCAGACUCUGGAGGCCCGAGCAGCUGCUGCAGCCACAGUAGUUCCUCCCAUGGUGGGUGGCCCUCCUUUUGUAGGCCCUGUUGGCUUUGGCCCUGGUGAUCGAAGUCACCUGGACAGCCCAGAGGCUCGAGAAGCCAUGUUCCUGCGGCGGGCAGCAGCUGGCCCCCGCCCUAUGGCCCUACGGCCCCCUCACCAGGCCCUCGUGGGCCCCCCUCUGCCUGGGCCCCCUGGACCACCCAUGAUGCUGCCACCAAUGGCUCGGGCUCCAGGGCCCCCGCUGGGCUCCAUGGCUGCGCUGAGGCCCCCUCUGGAAGAGCCAGCAGCACCCCGAGAGCUGGGCCUAGGCCUGGGGUUGGGCCUGAAAGAGAAGGAAGAGGCAGUGGUGGCGGCGGCGGCUGGGCUGGAGGAGGCUAGUGCGGCUGUGGCCGUGGGGGCAGGAGGUGCCCCAGCUGGCCCUGCAGUCAUUGGGCCUAGCCUGCCGCUGGCCCUGGCCAUGCCAUUGCCCGAGCCUGAGCCCCUGCCCCUCCCGCUGGAGGUCGUCCGCGGCCUCCUGCCCCCGCUGCGCAUUCCUGAACUCCUGUCCCUGCGUCCUCGGCCCCGGCCCCCUCGGCCAGAGCCACCCCCAGGCCUCAUGGCUCUUGAGGUCCCAGAGCCCCUGGGUGAAGACAAGAAGAAGGGGAAGCCAGAGAAAUUGAAACGGUGCAUUCGCACAGCGGCAGGGAGCAGCUGGGAGGACCCCAGCCUGCUGGAGUGGGAUGCAGAUGACUUCCGGAUCUUCUGUGGGGAUCUGGGCAAUGAGGUGAACGAUGACAUCUUGGCACGCGCCUUCAGCCGCUUCCCAUCCUUCCUUAAGGCCAAGGUGAUCCGUGACAAGCGCACAGGCAAGACCAAGGGCUACGGCUUCGUCAGCUUCAAGGACCCCAGCGACUACGUGCGCGCCAUGCGUGAGAUGAAUGGGAAGUAUGUGGGCUCGCGCCCCAUCAAGCUUCGUAAGAGCAUGUGGAAGGACCGGAAUCUGGACGUGGUCCGCAAGAAGCAGAAGGAAAAGAAGAAGCUGGGCCUGAGAUAGGGUCUGUGGCCAGGCACCCGCUCCCACCUGGCCGGGCGCUGGCUCCUCCCUCAGUUCUCUUUGGAAAACCCCCAGCUGUCCACCCAUCUCCUGCCCCAAAACCAGUUUCAAUAAAUUUACGUUCAUUUCCA